GAGCGGCGUUUAGGACUUCAGGCUCAGUUUGGUGCUGCUGGACCAUCGGUGGACAUGUAGUCAUGAUGGGAAGCCUGCAGCGCUCAGACGAUGAAGAGGAAGAUUAGGAGGAGCACGGAGGGAGACAUGCAGAUGGAGGUUGAAAAUGUGUGGCAUAUGGGCCUUGUUUGGCAGCGAUGAGUGCUUGUCAGUCCAGUGCACGUGUGCCAUGAAGAUCGCUCACAGGGGCCCCGACGCCUUCCGCUUUGAAAAUGUCAACGGCUUUACCAACUGCUGCUUCGGCUUCCACCGGCUGGCCAUCGUGGAUCAGCUGUAUGGCAUGCAGCCCCUACGCGUCAAGAAGUUUCCUUACUUGUGGCUCUGCUACAACGGAGAGAUUUACAACCACCAAACACUGAAGUCGGCGUUUGACUUUGACUAUCAGACUAAGGUGGACGGGGAGGUUCUCCUUCAUCUGUAUGAUCGCUUUGGAAUCAAGAAGAUGGCUUCCCUCCUGGACGGAGUCUUUGCUUUCAUUCUGCUGGACACGGCCAACAGAAGAGUCUACCUGGGAAGAGACACGUACGGUGUCCGACCGUUGUUCAAGUUCCUCACUGACGAUGGUUUCCUGGCGGUCUGCUCAGAGGCCAAAGGCCUUGCAGAGGUCACCCACUCAAUGGAAACCGCUGCCAGCAUUGUCCCCUUUCUCCCUGGACACUUUGAGGUCUUUGACUUGAAGCUAAACGGCAAAGUUAAGUCCAGUCAGUUUGAGCAGUUUCACUGCUGCACAAAAGAGCCGGCUCAUGCCCUCUACGACACGGUGGAGAGACUGUCUACAGAUUUCGAUGAAGAAACAGUGAAACGUAACAUCAGAAGUCUGUUUGAAAACGCUGUGAGGAAACGCCUCAUGGCCCACAGACGGAUCGGUUGCCUCCUGUCAGGGGGUCUGGACUCCAGCUUGGUUGCCGCCAUGCUGCUGAAACUGUCCAAAGAGGAGAAGCUGCAAUACUCCAUUCAAACCUUCUCCAUCGGUUCAGAGGACAGUCCUGAUGUCAUCGCUGCUAAAAAGGUUGCAGCUCACAUCGGCAGUGAGCACCAUGUGGUAGAAUUCACAGCAGAGGAGGGCAUCAAAGCUGUGGAGGACGUCAUCUUCCACCUGGAGACCUACGACAUCACCACCAUCCGUGCUUCUGUUGGGAUGUACUUGGUAUCGAAGUACAUCAGGGAGAAGACGGACAGCGUAGUGAUCUUCUCUGGAGAGGGAUCUGACGAGCUGACUCAGGGAUACAUUUACUUCCACAAGGCUCCAAGUGCCAAGGCAGGAGCAGAAGACAGCAUUCGUCUCUUAAAAGAGCUCUACCUGUUUGAUGUUCUUCGUGCUGAUCGGACCACUGCGGCACACGGUUUGGAGCUUAGAGUGCCUUUCUUGGACCACAGAUUCACAGCGUACUACCUCUCCCUUCCUGAGGAAAUGAGAACUCCCAAGGAUGGAGUGGAGAAACAUCUUCUCAGGGACUCUUUCAAAGGCCUAGACUUGAUUCCUGAUGAGAUCCUGUGGAGACGGAAGGAAGCCUUCAGUGACGGCAUAAUGUCUGAGAAGAAGUCCUGGUACACCUGCCUCCAGGAGCAUCUGGACUCUGUGGUGAACAAUGACCAGAUGGAGAAGGCUACCAAGACUUUCCCCCACAACCCGCCCAGAACCAAGGAGGCAUACUACUACAGACAGGUGUUUGAGAAGUUUUAUCCUGGCCGGGCCAAGUGGCUGUCCCAUUACUGGAUGCCUCGUUGGAUCAGCGCCACUGACCCAUCAGCGCGGACCCUGUCCAUCUACAAACCGGACAAAGACCAGUGAUAGGCUGGAGCUUUUGUGUGUUUGUGAUUUCUCUGUUUGUCUCUGCUGUAGGUUUGAAAUUGUUUGCAGCUACUGAAAGUGGGCUGGUUGUCUGUGAAGAUGUGGGCUUGUCAUGGGCUGCCACAGGUUUGCUGGAGACUGAGCCGGACUUUAAGACUCUGUUCAUUCAUUAUCGAAUGGUAGAUGUCUUUUCCUUUAGUCCACAGGUAGACAAAUACCAUCAUGCCCCUGCAACUUAUUUUUUUACAACUUGUUGCUAGAUCUUUUAGAGAAACUUGGUGAGGAUCUCCUUUAGUCCAUUAAAACUUAAAAACAUCUACCUUGGUGUGAUGAUCCUGGCAGUCCUGCAGCGUUAGGUUUCUCAGAUGUUCAUCCCACAGGAAGUCAAACCUGACAGCUUGCCUAAUGCUUCUGCAUCCUGGAAACUAAAUAAAAGCAACAACCAUGAACAACCUAA